GCUCAUCCGUUCUACCACGUGUGGACGUGAUUCCAUCUUUUAAUAAUCUUACAGCCUGAAAGCAGAAGAUGCCAAUCAAUAGCUGGGGAUAUGGGAACGAAAACGGUCCAUCUGUAUGGCACAAACAUUUCCCUGUUGCUCUGGGGAACCGGCAGUCUCCCAUUGAUAUCAUGCCUCAUCAAGCUUCAUAUGACCCCAGCCUACAGCCCAUUCACCUCAACUAUGAUCACUGUUCCUCCAUUCAGAUCUCCAACAAUGGGCAUUCUGUUGUGGUUGACUUUGAAGACUCGGAUGACCGCUCAGUGGUUCAGGGAGGCCCUUUGCACAACCCAUACCGACUGAAACAGUUUCACUUCCACUGGGGUGCAAAGAGCUGUAAUGGCUCUGAGCACACUGUUGGAGGCCACAGCUUUGCUUCAGAGCUCCAUUUGGUUCAUUGGAAUGCAGUCAAGUACAGAACAUUUGGGGAGGCAGCAGAAGCUCCUGAUGGACUUGCUGUGCUUAGUGUCUUUUUAGAAACUGGUGGUGAACACAGAUGGCUCCAUAAGAUAACAGAUGUGCUGUACAUGGUAAAGUUUAAGGGUAGCAUCAUGGAUUUCAAAAGUUUCAACCCGAAAUGCCUUCUACCAAGCAGCCUACAUUAUUGGACUUACCUUGGAUCAUUGACCACACCACCACUGCAUGAAAGUGUAAUCUGGAUCAUCCUAAAGGAGCCAAUCACUGUAUCAGAAAGGCAGCUGCAAAAAUUCCGAAUGCUUCUGUUUACUGAAGAGGAUGAGGACCAGGGGACACACAUGGAGAACAACUACAGGACUCCUCAACCCUUGAAAGACAGGGAAGUGCAUUCGUCAAAUUAAUGGAACUUCAAAACCUUGUUACGUAGCAAACAUUUGUAGAUCACAGCGCAACACUAGCAGUAUACAUUAUGUAUUUGUUUUCCUUUAUCUUAAUUAAGGGUACGUUGACUUGGGAAUAAAAAUAUGUUUGACAUGUACCGCCAGUCAGCAAAAGAAAGAAGUAGUUUUGUAGUAGAUAUAUUACACAAUGGAAUUACUGAAUUAUUUGUCUUGAUGGAGAAUUAAACAUUUUGAUUCCAGUCCAUUGAUGUUUUAGAUAUUUGUAACAAAAGGAAGCCUCAGAGAUCUACCAUUGUUUUCCCUAUGCUGCAGUAUAUACAGUAUAUUUGUAAGCGUGGUUGCAUUUCAUUGGCAUUUGGUUCCACUCAUUGUGUGCUGGUACCAUUCCAUACUGCUGUCUAGCCUCCUUACUGGUGUCAUAUGAUCCUUUGUUGAUCCAGCCUAUUUCUGGUGAACAUCAAGUCCCUGUGGCUAUAGAUCAUUUCCAUUGUAACAAACCCGACUGCAGCUGGAAUUGGAUUAGUUCUGUGUUUAUCUUGAGUGCUCUGUUUGGCCAUGAUGGACUGAUCUCAGGGCUGAUUACUGUUUAGCAGUGUGUUGGUUUUUUUCUUUUUUGUUUUUUAAUGGCAUGCCAUCUUUAUUUGAGUGGAACCAGUGUUUGCAAUUUCUUGUGUGGAAGGGAUUGGAGUUGUUUUGUGCCAUCCCAAAUUACUUGUUGGGAUUUUUUCAAAAGAAAAAUUCAUGUAGCUACUGAAAGCUCACUUCCCCAGCUGAUGUAAAUCAAGAAUAUAUGUUUUGCAUUGCAAUGGUCCUGGCAUCUAACAUUUGUUGAGCUGAGGCAGAAAUACAGUCUUCACACACUGUACAAUAUAUUAUUACAAAUAUUUAUCAUGCUUGUACAAGAAAAUUGAACAUGGAAAUAGGUCUCACUAAAACUUAAACCUUCGUGUGGAUUGAAAUACAUUGUAAAAUGGAAUGAUUGGAAUAAAACGAUACAAAAUCAUUACUACUGAUUUUAUUUGCAUGGGGGACAAUUUCCUUUAAGAAAAAUGUAAUAACGAAUGAGUAAAAUGAGUGACAAAAUCUGUUGUGAAAAUUACACAAUUGUAUCUUGUUCCACAUAUCUACAUUCUGUGUGGUAGGACAGAUUUCAGGCAAAUGUUUAAACUCAAAGUUGCAUUUUAGAGAAAACUUCCAACGUAGCAGGCAAG